CGCGGUGCAGGUGAAACCUAGGCCUUGGUGGGUCAGGGACCGGGACGCCUGAGCCCCCAUCCCUUAUGCGCGCACAAAGGCCGCGGCCGCGCCUCAUUGGGCUGCGGGACCGGACCCCGCGGAGACCGCGGCCCAGAGCUCCGCGCGGCCAGCGCCCCGGCUCCGUGCGGGAGGUCCCGGCAGCAGCCUGGGCCGCGCUGGCAGGUGGCUGCGGGGACCGGAAGGAUGCGAGGAAGUGGGAGCGGGUUUCCUGAGAUGAAAGAUUACUUCCGUCCGGGCGCCCGGCUCUCCCCAGCCUGCUCGGCGGGGGGCGGGGAGCGGGCCGCGGGGCCGGGGGGCGCGCCUGGCCGCCUGCAGCGCCCGGGCCCAGGGGCGCGCUCGGCCCGCCCGGGGCUCACGCGGGCGGGGGUCCUUGCAGGUGGCGCUCAGAGUUCUUCCAAGAGCCCCAGCCAUGGUGGCCAAGCAGCGGAUCCGGAUGGCUAACGAGAAGCACAGCAAGAACAUCACCCAGAGGGGGAACGUGGCCAAAACCCUGAGGCCGCAAGAAGAGAAGUAUCCUGUGGGACCAUGGCUGUUGGCACUGUUUGUUUUUGUUGUCUGUGGCUCAGCUCUUGACCUCCUAGGCAGAGUUCUGACCAAGAUUCUGAAUGCUUACAAGGAAAGGUGCCAUUUUGACCUUCCUGGUGACUUUGCUCUGUGGUGAUGAGAGCACCUAUAGGGGCGGAGCACAGCUCUGUGAUGCCGAGGAAGCUGCGUGAGCCCCAGCUCCCUCCGGGCCUGGCAGAGGGCAAGGCUUGUCAGCCAGAGGGCAGUGGUAUCACCUCUGCAGGAGCAGCUAGAGCCUCUUCUCUAUUUCCAGAAAGAACUCUUUGUAUCUAGACUAUGGGGACGAGCAGGAUCUGUUCACACAACUAUUUUGGCAGCCAGUAUUUGAGUCUUUAUUAUAACGCCAGGCUCUACACAGACAUUCUCCUUUCUAGUCACACAAUCCCUACAAAGAAGCUGUGAUGCUCGCAAAACUGAGGCUCACAGAGGAAAUCUGCCAACAUCCCAUGUUAAAAAGUGAUAGAGCUAGUACCCAAAACUAAACUUCAAACUCAACUGCUUUCUGUUACCCUGCAUUCCUUCUCUCUUAUCAUGUCCCCAAAAGUACUGUGGAGCAGGAGGUUUCCACCUACUCUAGACCUUUAGCAUAUGACUGUGUCUUGAAAAGAACUCCUGUUGAGACAUCUCCUACUUUCCC